AUGGCCUCCCCAUCUUCGGAGGGUCAAUCCUCGGAUGAACGCCUUUUCGACAGAUGGCGAAAACAAUUCGGAUUAAUCACCGGUCUUGGGCUCACCGCGGAGGAACGGGCUCACGAGAUGGAGAAACACCACGGUCGGACUUGCGAGAAGUGGAAGACUUUCCUCAUGAACUAUAGUCCCGCAACUGUGUUCAUGCUCAAACAUCUGAAUCUCGUGGGGGCGAACGUCACUUCCGAGCAUAUUCAAUGUUUACCCUGUGACUUCACACGCUCUGGAGGGUUUACCCCGGAACUGGGAACAGUUAUACUUUGCCAAGGGCGAUUCUUCAACCGAAAUCAUAUGGAAGACACCCUUGUGCACGAACUCGUACAUGCAUAUGAUCAUGCAAAGUUCAAGGUCAAUUGGAACGACUUGCGACACCAUGCUUGCAGCGAGAUACGCGCCAGCAGCCUCAGUGGCGACUGCAAGUUCACACGAGAAGUGAGGCGCGGGUUCAUGUCCUUCUCGAAACAGCACCAGGCUUGUGUGCGGCGGCGGGCGAUCAUAUCCGUUCAGGCGAACCCGGCGUGUCCUGACCACGCGACUGCGGAGCGCGCUGUGAAUGAAGUGUGGGAGAGCUGCUUCAAUGAUACACGUCCGUUUGACGAGAUAUACUAGCGUGACGACGGUCUGGUUGCCCCGGUGUAGCUAGCGUAGGUCGAUAUUCUAAGCCUUAAAUAUAGACGCACUCCCGCAGUAUUUGGAUGAGUCCUUAUUCGUAGAAAUUUC